AUGGACAGAGCUAGGUUGGUUUAUGGAUUGGUAACCCACAUGGAUAUGAGCAUUGGCGCCCUGAUCUCAAGUCAAAUCUCUUCUAUUGCUCAGAUUAACUUCAGAGGGACAAGGAAGGUAAGGGCUCGACCAGCUAAUGUUCCCUCUUCUUCUACUCCACCAGCUCCUUCCACUUCUGCUACUCCUACACCAGUUCCUCCAGGCCCAUCUACUCAUAGUUCUCAGCACUUAGAGUUUAUUUCAGGGACAGAUUUUGAUGAUGCAGACCCUGCAGGAUGUGGUUUUGCAAAGACCCAUUAUGUCAGUGGAGCAGUUUUUAGAGAAGAGGCCACCAUCCCUGAGCCAUUUGUUGAGGAGGCAAGUAGGUCACAAAUGAGACAGGAGGCUACUACUCCUGGGAGGUCACCACAGGUUACACCAGAUCCACCCUCACCAGUGGUGGAUCAAUCUUCCCCUCAGCAGCCAGCAAACCCUUCUACACCAGUGCAUAAGAUGUCAGCAGGCCCUCCUACCCCAGUACUUGAGUUGCCAGAGGACCCUACCACACCAGUCCUUGGACUGACUACUACUCCUCCAGUCACUCUUAUGUUACACUUUACAGAUGAGGAGGAUAUUCAGGAUCAAGACACCCAGCAGCAGGACCAGUCACAGGAGUUUUAA